CUGGAGAGGGUGCGCGCCUGCGCUCGGCGAGAGCAAGAGGACGGGCAGAAAUUAUUUUGGCUGGAGCCUCGCACUGAGUGGCGUUUAAAUCGUUGAGGCUGAGAAUCGACAGCGAGUUCAACCCGAGUAGAGAGAGAGACGGAACGACCCUUGAUUACGUCCGUGUGUGCUGCGCCCCUUCCCCGUGACUCCCCAAACCAUCCUCCCUCCCCGCCCCCUCCCGUUUCCCCCAACUCCCACCCCACCCUCUUCCCACCACCACCACCACUUUUUCUUCCCACCGACCGACUGACUACCAGGAGCGGGAGCCAUGAUGUGAAAGUGAGAGGGAGUCGGGAGGAAGAACGGACGGAGAGUGGGAGAGAAAUCAACCAGGUAUCCGGACGGGAGCGGCGUGGCGGCUCCUCGUCAGCCCAACGGCUCCGGGAAGCUCGAGGCGGCGGUGGGGGGAGCGCGAGCGGCGCAGUCAUGCCAACCCGAGAACCUGUGUGGACAGUAAUGACAUCGCGUUUCCGGUUGCCAGCGGGCAGAACUUACAAUGUGCGAGCAUCUGAACUGGCUAGGGACAGACAACACACAGAAGUGGUGUGCAAUGUUCUUCUCUUGGAUAACACUGUUCAAGCUUUCAAGGUUAAUAAACACGAUCAGGGUCAUGUCCUAUUGGAUUUAGUCUUCAGACACCUUGAUCUGACUGAACGAGACUACUUUGGUUUACAGCUAGCUGAUGAUACAUCAGACAGCCCUCGAUGGUUAGACCCAAACAAAUCUGUCAGAAAGCAACUUAAAAGAGGAUCCCCACAUAACUUGAAUUUUAGAGUCAAAUUUUUUGUGACUGACCUCAAUAAGCUACAAGAGGAAUAUACAAGGUACCAAUAUUUUCUGCAACUUAAACAAGAUAUUCUUAGUGGAAGGUUGCCUUGUCCAUACAACAUUGCAGCCCUCCUGGCUUCUUACUCUGUUCAGUCUGAACUAGGAGAUUACAACAUAUCAGAGCACUUGCCAGGCUACCUCGCCGAUUAUUCCUUUAUCUCUAACCAGCCUCAAGAUUUUGAAAAAGAAAUAGCAAAAUUGCAUCAGCAACACAAAGGACUCUCUCCUGCGGAAUCAGAAUUUAAUUACCUAAAUACGGCACGAAGCUUAGAACUAUAUGGAGUUGAAUUGCACUACGCAAGGGAUCAAAGCAACACAGAAAUUAUGAUUGGUGUGCUGUCAAGUGGAAUUGUAAUUUACAAGGGCAGGGUACGAAUCAACUACUUUCCAUGGUUGAAGAUUGUAAAAAUAUCAUUUAAAUGCAAACAAUUUUUCAUUCAGCUGAGAAGAGAAUUGCAUGAUUCAAGAGAAACAUUACUAGGUUUUAAUAUGGGAAACUACCGCGCUUGUAAGAAUUUGUGGAAGGCUUGUGUGGAGCAUCAUACAUUCUUCCGACUAGAAAGACCACUACCUCCGCAGAAGAACUUCUUUGCACAUUACUUUACAUUGGGUUCAAAGUUUCGAUACUGCGGGAGGACAGAGGUCCAGUCUGUGCAAUAUGGUAAAGAGAAAGCAAACAAAGACAGGGUAUUUGCCAGAUCACCCAGUAAACCAUUAACAAGAAAGAUGAUGAGUGGGAUGGACUGGGACUCAGUAAGCAGAAAUUCACUGUCAGAUGACCGACUUGAAACACAAAGUCUCCCUUCACGUUCUCCACCUGGAACUCCAAAUCAUCGAAACUCCACAUUCGCUCAGGAAGGAAGCCGUCCAAGACCUUCAUCUGUAGGACACUUGGUUGACCACAUAGUGCAUGUUUCAUCGAGUGAGGUCUUUGCCAACCACAAAUCUCCUUCCUCUACACAAGCAAACAGUAUUAUUCUGGAGUCAUCUCCCUGUCAGGAGACUGCUGGAGAAGGACGGCCACCUGCAUUGCCGCCAAAGCAGAAAAAAGUCACAUCAACACAGUCCAACCUCUGCCAGUUGGAAUUAGACACUCCUUUUCAAGAUCUAUUGGAUGGUCCAAUUGCAACAGAAAAAUCUACACCAAAUGGCAUUGUCCCUCAUGACAAUCUCGUUCUGAUAAGAAUGAAGGCGGAUGAGAAUGGGAGAUUUGGUUUCAAUGUUAAGGGAGGCAUUGAUCAGAAAAUGCCAGUAAUAGUAUCAAGAGUGGCACCUGGAACACCAGCGGACACUUGUGUCCCACGACUUAAUGAAGGUGAUCAAGUUGUACUGAUCAAUGGUAGGGAUAUAUCUGACUAUACUCAUGACCAGGUUGUCAUGUUCAUCAAAGCCAGCUGCGAAAUUCACUCUGAAGAAUUAAUAUUACUAGUUCGACCCAACGCUGUUUAUGACGUUGUAGAAGAGAAGGUAGAAAGUGAGCCUGAUUUUCAGUACAUUCCAGAGAAAUCUCCUCUGGAUGUAAUCCAUCAGGAUGAUGAUGCCUUAAGAGAAUCAAUGAUACAUUUGCGGGAGAGUCUGGAGACAGGAACUAUUCUUGCACAAUUUGAUCAACUGUAUAGAAAAAAGCCUGGAAUGACAAUGUCAUGUGCCAAGUUACCUCUCAACAUUUCCAAAAACAGAUAUAGAGAUAUCUCACCUUAUGAUGCAACACGGGUUAUUCUAAAGGGUACAGAUGACUACAUUAAUGCAAAUUAUAUUAAUAUGGAAAUUCCUUCCUCCAGUAUAAUAAAUCGUUACAUUGCUUGUCAGGGGCCUUUACCCAACACUUGUCCAGAUUUUUGGCAAAUGACUUGGGAGCAAGGAUCCUCUCUAGUUGUCAUGCUGACCACCCAAGUAGAGAGGGGCAGGGUCAAGUGUCACCAGUAUUGGCCUGAGCGUUCUGAAAGUGCAUCGUAUGGAAACUUUGAGAUUGGUUGUCAAUCAGAAGAGGGAAACCCCGCAUAUGUUUUCAGAGAAUUGACUUUAACUAACUUGGAGAAAAAUGAGAGCCGUCCACUCACCCAAAUCCAGUAUAUUGCAUGGCCUGAUCAUGGUGUUCCUGAUGAUUCGAGUGAUUUUCUGAAGUUUGUGUUACUUGUUCGAGAAACGCGGGUUGGCAAAGAUGAACCAGUUGUCGUACACUGCAGUGCUGGGAUAGGUCGGACAGGAGUUCUCAUUACUAUGGAGACAGCAAUGUGUCUAAUUGAAUGCAAUCAGCCAGUGUAUCCAUUGGACAUUGUACGAACAAUGCGAGACCAGAGAGCCAUGAUGAUUCAAACACCAAGUCAAUACAAGUUUGUUUGUGAAGCUAUUAUGAGGGUGUACGAAGAAGGCAUUGUGAAACCAUUGCAGUCAACACUGUACAAUUAGCCGAAGGAUAAGGUCCUUGCUUAUUGUUGAAACUGAUUUGCUGGGUACAUUUACAGUGUCAUAACGUGCUUGAACAACAUGCUGACCUGAUAUGAAUUGGAGGAUUGAAGAUGGCAAACUGGAGCAUGGACAAUGAGAACCUAAGCACUGUUGCACUUUAUGUUCAAAAAGAAGUAGUUUCUGCUUAUGUGAUCAUACUGACGGCAAUUAUAAUGAACACAGUUGCCCUAAUUUCUGAAAUGCCGUGUCCUCUGCUCCGGUUUUGUUCAGGGAUAUCAUCGGCUUUUGGAUUCCGCUGUAGUGCCAAAAGGAGAACUACCUACGUGAUUUUUCCCUCACCUGCCCAUGAAUUUGUCCUCUUCCUGGCUGGUUUAACUAAGGGAACUUAUUCAGAAGGACCACCUUCAAUGUUAUACAUUUUCUGUUCAUGAUCUGACUUGACCAUCUUUACUUGACCGUUUAGAGGAAUCCAUGAACUUGAAAAUGUGUGCUGCAGUGGAAUUGUUGUUUCUUUUUAUUAACAAGUGUUCGCGCUGCCUUUGACUAAUGUGCGUAUAAAAGUCUCAUCUCUAGAUUGUGUUCAUUAAUGUAGAUUAUAAUAAAAAUUAAGAUUCAGUGAGCACUUAUUAGUCAAAUUGACCCAAAUUGUCUCACUUUCAAAUUUCGAUGUGCAGCUUUUUAACUUAUGAUGAAACUACAGCAGUCACUCAAUGCAUAUUCUCCUCUGUUCCUGAUCAAAAAUCUUGGCUUUUUUUCUGCACUUAUGUGCCAAUAUUCCUAUAUUAGAAAUAAUUCUUUUAUAUACAUAUAGAUAUAAAUAAAUAACUUUAGAGAAAAAAAACUCUCAAUGAGUUUCAACCAACAGUAACAUUUAUGGUGAGUUUUGGGCUUCAAUGAUGAAGCAGUGGAGCCCAAAAUGUAAAUAACUCUAUUAGGAAAUUUAGCCUUAACCACCCGUUUCCUAGCAGGAUAUUAGAAUCUGGGUGCUGUUUACUGAUUACACAUCUCACAUUGGCUAGGACAAUCUACUCCAAAGACUUGAGUUCAUAUCUAGUCCAGGUGGUGAAAUCUUACUCUACUGUUAUUUUUAAGGCCACCAAAAAUAUUAGUUCUCUUUCUCCACAGGUUUGAUCCUGCAGUGUUAUGGGGAAAGGUGUGUGCCUGCAAUUUUCCUUUCAUAUUUUUUUUAGGCACUUGGUGAUGGGUGCUCACCUCCCCUAUCGUGCCACGUAUAAGCUUGCCUUAUACUAUUUUAAUUUUACUUCAGUUAUCAGCACUAGAUUUGUACCCAAAGAACUGCACAAGAGAGGUGCUGUAGGGUAAUUUUUAUAGUAAGACACUAAGUCAAAGUACUGGAAGAUACAAAGCACAAAUAGAAGCUGGUAAAAUAAACAAUAUCUGACUUGUGAAGUGCUGAUGGAUGUUGCAGUUUUGCUAGUCAGUAUCCCAGCAAUCACUUGCAGAGCUUUUGGCACCAAUGAUUAGUAACAGUACACAUAAUUUAAUUGCCUGCAUCCUGAUCGUGCCUUUUUUUUUUAAAGAAAAAGGCACUUUUGGAUAAAGAAAUUGUUGAUAUUGUCACGCACAGGAAAUAGCAAAAUAUACCGUUUAUGAACGAUCAAAAUGAAACUUUGAAAAAAUACGGAUAUGCUAGGUUAGGUAGGAUGUGAAAGAGCUGUGCAAAGUUUUUGUUUUAUUUUAACACGCCACUACUUUUCUCAUACUUAAAUUUUGCACAUAUUUUUGUUUCAAAAACCUUUAUGGCGUAAAGUAAGAAGUAGGACACUUAAUUUUUUUUUAAAUGAUGAAUGAAUAUAUUUUUGACUCUGCAGGAUCCAGAGGAGAUUGAGACCUCUGAAAGCAUGCACUCAAUGAACAGUAUGAAUCCCAUUGCAAACAAACUUUUGCCAGAGAAUAAAAAUGGAUGAGUGACUGUUUAAUUUAUCCUUGUCUAAAUAUCUGCACAUCUGUACUCGUGUGUAUUAACGUGUUGUACCCUGUGCAGCUGUAAAUAAUGCUGUCGAGUUGAAUGCCAUUCAUACCAUCAGCGAAAUGCAAUCCCAUUCAUCUGGUCAGGAUUGGUGAAACAAAUAAGCAAUUGGGAUGGUGAGAACAAAGGGUUAAGCUACGCACAACCAAUAAUUGGUAGUAACAAGCCUCAUUUACUACUUUUAUUUCCUUUGGUCUCCUUGGUUGUGUAUAACUGCAGUGUUAUUUUUUUACUAGAUAUACCAUGAGGAAGGAGGCAUGUGAAUUGAUCCAUUUUAUUCUGUCAUGCUGUAUGAUGAACAUGAAUGUAUCUAUCAACCAUGCAAAAUUGCAAGCGGUAGAGUAAUGACUGUUGGAUUUUAAGGAUAAAUAUUUUUCAUACCAUUUGUAUAAAAAAAAUUUAAAAGUUUGUAACAUUUCCAUUAAAAAAAAUUUACAGGUUAAAAUGUGUUUAAAUUGUAAAUAAGAGCAAUACUAUUGAGACUGUCUGUUCAGUGCCAAUUCACAAUGUAGAGGUUGAUUUCUCUAUUGCUUAUUGACUGUAAUCAUACAGGUUUAGUGUUUGGAUUGUUUUCCAUAUUGUUUUGAAAUUUGGAAGUAAUUUGCAAAUUUCCAUUUCUGAAAUAAUUACAGGCACUUUAUAUUACAAUAUACUACUGACUGAAUUAUCAAGUGAUUUGAUUUCAUACAUAGACGCUAAGCCUAAAUGUCUUUGCUUUGUGUAUGGAGCUUAUAAGAAUGCACACUGGUUGAUUUGAUUUAUCUUUGAAUUGGGCUGUUAGAUCUGAUGAGGAGUGUCUGGCUGAGCUAUUAUCUUCACUUAAAUAUUUGAUACUGAACAGUGAUGGUUUGUACUUUUAAGACUGUACCAAUGUCCAAAUUCUAGGGUUAGCUCAAUAUUAGAAAAUUUCAGUGUGGUUUGAAAGCUUUUUUGACAUGUUACCAUAAUUUGGGACUGCAUUUCCCUCCAGCCAAUAUUCAUCACCAAGCUUUCUGCUCAAAAUCACCAUCUGGUUUCUACACUUAAUUCUAAAUACUGUUAACUACAGCUGUAGAUCACGCCAUUUGAUUGGGCACAAGGUUAAUGUGUAUUUUAAAAAAGAAAACAGUAUAUUGCAGAACUAAUCUAAAUUUUAGGUAGUAUUGAUGUUUUUAGUAGCAAAACUUCUAAGAGUAUUGCAUCUUAGCAAAGCUGGAUUUAUAAAAUUCGGAAUUCUUAACUUUAUAUUCAGGAGCCCAGGCGAAUUAAGAAAAUAAUGAGUAGGAAGGGAAUCUCUAGUGCAGAGUUUAAAAUGAACAAGCUUUUUGCAAGUGUGGGCAAUAUAUUUACUCAAGUGGGCUAUUUGAGUUUGAUUAAUUUGAGAAUUAUUUAUUUCAAAAUUGCUCUUGGGGCUUCUAGUUAAAAGGUUUUAAACCAUACUAAAGAAUAACAUGUUGCCCUGUGUUGAAUAUAUGCGUUAGGAAUGGGAUAAGUAAGUGUUUGAGAACAGCUUUUCCCAUUGUGACAGAUGGUAUAGAAUAAAGUUUGAGUCAUUCCUCCUGUUGUACUUAUCUUACAAUUUCCACAAUUCACUGUAAAGUAUCUAGAAGGGGAAAGAAUGCUUUCUGGGGCUGUUUGGAUCUCAUAAAUCGAUAAUUAACUAAUCUGCUGUAAUUAUGUUCAAUCUUCGUUCUUAAAAAAAAAUUGUAAUUAGAAAACUGCAGGAGAGCCAAUAUGAUAAAAGCUGCAGAUUAUUAAUGUUGCAAUAAGUGUCAAUUGUAGGCUUUUAUUUCCGAAGUGAAACCUUGUGCCUGAUCCUGCAAUCGGGACUGUACAUAUUAUAGUUAUUCAGAAAAAAAUUCUAAUUGCAAUUUUAUGACCCAUUUUGAUUUGAGUUUUUUUGCUUUCAAAAUGCCUAUAAGUACAGUUGGUACUGCAUAUAUUUAAUGAAAAGCACAAAGUGCUGGAAAUUUCAGGUCAGACAGUAUUUCUGGAGAGAGCUAAGUUUCCAAACACAACUCGAUUACUAUACGUCAAUUCUGACAAUAGGGCACCAAUUUGAAACUUCACCUGUUUCUCUCCAAAUAUACUGACCUGCUGAGUGUUUCCAGCAUUUUCUGUUUUUAUUUCAGAUUUCUGGCACCCGUGGUAUUUACUUUUUAAUCCAGGUAUGCUUGUUUUCCUAUUCAUUGGCUUUUUUUUUGUUACCUUCACUGAAUUUUAUUGACACUGGAAAGAUGUGACAAGGAGUUAUGCUUUUGCAGUUUCUUACUGUAUGCUUUAAGAAGGCCUUAUUCAUUUCAAAAAAUAGCUAAUAGCGUCUUUGAUAACCAGCAAAUAAAAUCUAGCUUUUUAGAAUAUCAGCAGGUAAAGAAUUGACUGAUAUACUACCAACAUCAGAAAGUGAUCAGUCACUUGGAAUUGGGUUGGGGCGGGGGGGGUUAGGGAUUUAGAAUUUUUUAUGUCUGACUCACUCCCUUCUAAAUUUUUGUGGAUAUAAUUUAAUUUGACUUGACAAGAAUUGUCUCAUUUGGGUACGAACUUAAUAGUUUAUUUGUGACUCUUAAUUGCUCUGUUACAAAAAUAAAGAAAAUGUGCUUAGUAAUUUAAGUGUACCACCCGUGAGUUUAUUUUUGGAGGGGCAGCUGUAACUAUAUGUAAUUAAAUUUAAUAACUUUGUAAUUUUUUCUCUAUUAAAUUUUAAGUUUUAGCUGGUACUUGGAUUCUUUUGAUUCAAGAAAUAUUCUUCUGUACAUUUUAAUGAGGUUUGAUUGGGUCCUGUACAUAGUGACCCAGUUGCUGCAUGUACAGUUAACCUUAUGCUUUGUUUAUAAUAGUAAAACUUGGUUUUUAACAGCAA